AUGAAAGAAAACCUGUGCAAACGCUGCUGUGCAGUGUCCAACAUGUGCCCUAUAUGCCAGAAAUCGUCGAAAACUACUGAACAUCUGCUCUUCAAAUGUGCUUGGGUUCGUGUAAUUUGGUUUGGCUGUGAUUUAAAACUCGAUGGGCAGGGAGGACCUGUGUUCUCGAUUCCUCACUGGAUGUGUGAUAUGCUGAACUACUUCAGAAUGAGUACAGAGAUGAGUUCCUUUUUUAGUCUUAUAAUUUGGAUCGGUUGGUUUAUUUGGAAGGACCGUAACAACUUUGCUUUCAACCAUAUCAACAUUGAGCCCUCAUCGACUUUACAUCGAGCUCGAGUGGCCAAACUGGAGUAUGGGUCUGCUCCUGAUGCCCUACAGGUGGUGCAACCUCAGAUUGUGCUCAAGAAUCUCCAAGGGAGGUCGGUUUGGCAAGCUCAUCCGCCUGGUUCCUUUAAAGUUAAUUGUAAUGUGGCGAUAAAGAAAGACUCUUCAGUGGCCUCUAUAGCUGUUUUGCUAAGAAACUUUGGGGGGAGGUUAAUUGAUGGCCUUACUAGCUCAUGUCGUGUCUCAUCCUCUCUUCAAGGAGAAGCUUUAGCUUGCCGAUAUGUAUGCCUUCUCGCCAGUACUAGCAACCUCUCCCAGGUGGAAAUUAAAGGGGACAACAAGUCUGUAAUCCAGUUAUGUGUUUCUGAAGAUGUUCCUCCGUGGGAAUGUGGCUCUAUUUUUACCGACAUACAGUGUUUGGCGUCGCAUGGGGGCUUUUCUUUCUGCUGGGCUCCUAGAACAGCUAACAGUGCAGCUCAUUGGGUUGCCCAAGCCUCUCUCCGAGGCCAUCUGCCUCUUGAUUGGGUCUCUCAUCCCCCUCCAGCUCUUGCUAAUCUACUUUGGGAGUUCUAG